UGUUUUCAAGGUGUCCUAACUCCUAAUCUGAGGUGCAAAAUGCAAAACAUUCCCUGCGAUUUUUUACACGUAUUCAAAUUUCAAAUUUUUACAUGUAAUAUAAACUUUCCUCUAUUUUUGGAUUAAGUGUUUAACUUAUAUACUAUACUAAAUAAUACUGUAGAAUAAAAAGUUGUGUGAUAAAAGGUAGCUCAGUGAACUGAAAACAUGUCCACGUUUACCGGUUUCAGCGAAGAAGAUUUAAAACGGAUAAAAUCAUCGGAUUCUGGUCCAAAUAGCGCUCCACCUCAGAAGCUAUUAAAUGCUCGUAAGAUAGACAAAAUAGGUGCCAGACCCAAACGACAACUGCCACAAUACAAACUGCCAGUGUUACGAAAUCAAGGUUCUGACGACGCCAUAGAUGUAGCUUUCGACAAAUGCAAGCUCAGUUUAAAACAGCAAAAUUCAGUUGAAAGUAUUGAUAACCAAACAGAGAAUGGGAUAGACAAUGAAAAUAAUAAUGAUAUCAAAGAAGAAAAUUUAGAUCCCGUCCAGCAAAGUGAUACAAUAGUCUCAAGUAGCACAAUGGACAAAUCAGAAGACAAUGCAAGUAGAAAAAGUAGUUCAACCACAACACCUGAUGUAGUGAGAUGUGUAGAGAAUUACACAGAAGAUGACUUAGCAUCACACAGAGCUAAGUUAGAGGAGUUACAGUUGAAACAGAAGUUGAUGGAAGAACAGAAUAAGAAGAGGAAAGAAAUGCUUGCCAAGGCAUUGGCUGAUAGGACAAAACAAACCGAGGAGGAAGUUCAGAAACUGGAGAAAAUAAAGAAAGAGCUGCAAGUGUUGGAUGGUCAGUUUUCACAGGAUGUCGCAGUUCUGAGGAAGAAGAUAGACCAAGCCUGUCUGAGUUAUGCUGAUGCUGAGAAACACUAUCUAAAAGUGGAGAAGGAGUUCCUACAGGCGAAAAUAAGUCUUCAGAAGGAGAGGGAAAGGAAAGAGCUACUAACGGAACAUCUUUGCGCUCUGAUCACUCAUAAUGAGACAAGAAAGGCACAAAAACUCGAAACCCUAAUGCUAGAACUUGCCAGUAAUAAAACUGAAAACGCGAUAGAUGUAGCAACACCAGUGCGGGAUACGUCACCGGUUAUUAUAGAUGGUGUUGACGAAAGGACGGGCAAGAUGGUUGAAAUUAUGCCGGAAAGUUGAUUUACUGUGUAGAUUUAUUAAAAUUAAGGUUUACACCCACUUUUCUCAUUUAUGUCACUGGUCUCAGGAAUGUUGUAUAAUAAUGAUUAUGGAUAAUCUAUUAAGAUUACCUACAUAUAGAAAGUUUUAACAAAGCAUUCUUUAUGAUUUGAAAGUGCAACAGGGAAUUCAUUUGAUUUAAAUAAAAAAGACUCACUUUUAUUCUCACUUAAAGCUGAAGAGUUUGUUUGUUUGAUUGAACGCGUUAAUCUCAGGAACUACUGCUCCGAUUUGAAAAAUUCUUUCAGUGUUAGAUAGCACAUAUUAUCCCCAUAUUUCUACGGGAACGGGAACGCGGGUAAAACUGUGUGGUGCUUUGCAGGGGUGCUUUUUCCCAACUUAGGGGUUUUCUCCCCAGAUUUAGGGGGCAUAUAAGUGAAAUGGGAUUUUUUUAGGGGUCUGAAAUUUUUAUGGGUAUUUUCAGGGAUUUUUUGACUCUUUAAUAUUUUUAAAUUGAUGAUAAUUUUAAUAUUUCUUUCUUGACCUAGCGACUUUUAACAAUAUAUAUAAUACGUUAUCCUACAACUACUCUGGAGGCAAAUGGCGGCAAUUUUCAUCGCAUAAAAAAAAUUGUUAAAUUUAUUCAUUGUCAACAUGUAUGAUUUCAAAAAAUCUAAAUCUUCAGAUAAAGACGUAAUAUUUUGUCUGUAUUCAAUAUAGACUUUUGAUACAUAUUACAGCAUAUUAUUUCUAAAUUAUUAUGAAUUUAUAUUUUUAAGGGGACAACUCAAUAAUUAUGGCGAUUUUAGGAGUUUUUGACACAAACUUUAGGGAUAAAUAUUUUGGAUAGUUGGUAACACUGUUGCUUUGCUAAUUGCUAUGCAUCCUUCAACCUGAGGAACAGAUGAAUUCCUCAAUAUAUAAAAUAUAUAAUAUUAUAUUAUUGGUAAUUAAAUUAUAGCAGUCAGCAAUUAUUUCCAAGUCAGACUUGUGCGAAUUCCUACACUUACUGACAGUAUAAAUAUAUAUUCGCAUUCCUCUAUAUCUAAGUAUUCGGCAAAGACUGUAUUAGGAGAGGGUACGACUAUAGUGCAAUGUCUGUGGGUGGAAACCUUAAUAUAAUAUUUUUUCAAUAACUUUAACAUUAACAUUUUAAAACUUAUCCCAAAUACAUUAUGGUGCAAUUUUAAAUGUACUAAGUGCCUUAUAUACAAAAGUACCUUGUAAUCAUAUAACUUUUAUUUAAGUUACUAUAUAAUUUAUAACUAAUUAUAGUCGUGUUGAACAUGACAUAGAAGACUAAUUAUUUUGUUAAUUUUGUAAGUAUUGAAACUAGUAUAUAAUAAUUAGAUCCUAAACUUAUAGAAAAGUAUAAUUUGAGUAAGUGAAGACCUAAUUAAAAUUUCAUACAAAUGUGAAUCCAGUGAAUGUGACUAAAGUUGGAUUGGAUUUAAGUCUUCUCAGUUUCCUUAAAAUAUUACCAAUUUUGAGGGCUUUUUAAAUUUUUAUUAAACUGCUCAGAAAUUUUCUCUCUCUGCCAUAAAAUGGACCCAGCAUAUGCACAAGUGAAUAAAAUAUUUUAGCUUUUAGUAGAAAAUUGUCCAGUAUCCACGCAUUUACUCGAAUACUCUGUAGAAAUUGGACACCAUAAAUUAUAAUCUUAGACCAUUAAUAACUGGACGCGGUUCGCACCCAAAUUCACCAACAAAAAAGUAUGUCAUUUUUUGAGGGGGACGAGGUAAGCUCACACAUCGAAAACAUUUAACACCAUUAAGUAUAUUCUGUGUCCAUACACUACACACAACUAUAAAUUUGAUUCGCAAUACACACCCGCGUAAUUUUUACACACACUAACAAACACAUUGUGCACAGUAAAAAUAUAUACAAGCAGUAUACUCGGCCGUAUUUUUGAAAUAAAUACUUACAGCGCGCGGUACGUAAACAUGUGAUAGGGCUGCCUGCCUCCAGCAUUUUAAUUACAUUUGCCAACUUUGUAUUUCCAUUUAGUUUUGUGAUUGUAAAUAUACUUUUUUUAUGUAAACAAAUAAAAUGUUUUGUAAAUUGUAGUAAAAUAGGAAGUGAUCAAUAAAAUGCGUGUUGUUUUUUGAUUGGUAGAUUUAAAUAAGGCUGAUACUAAUCAAUGACCUUGAAGGAUAGGUCGUAUUCAUAUGUUUAUUUUGGUGAUGCCAUCUAGGUAUUACCUCCACACUACGUUACCAAAUAUUAAAAAACCGGUCAAGUGCGUGUCGGGCCACGCGCAGUGUAGGGUUCCGUAGAUUAUGUUACCCCUUUAAUCCCUUAUGUUUUUCUCAAUUUCAAAGCCUUUAUUAUUCCUUACAUUAUUACAUUAAACAAGUUUUUUAAUUAAUAAGAGUAACAGUUUUAAUUUUUUUUUAUGUUAGUAUAUUGUUAGUGUAUCUGUUUUAAGUUUAGUAUGUUAGUGAGUUAGUCUUAUUUCUAAUUAAUAAAAUCUAUUUAACUAGUAAAUUGAAAUUGAGGUAUAGCUCGCGUUUCGACCUCUAGUAUGAAGUCAAACUACUGCUUGCAUAUUUACUGUGACAUUGCUUAGACUAUCCACAGAUUAAAUACAUAGAAUAUUCGAUUACUGAUCGAUGUUUGGCUGUUUCGUCAAAAGAAUCGAUUCUUUUUAUAAAUUGUUUUUAUUAAAAAUUUGAUAAAAUUAAGUUUUAAAUACUUUCAAAUGAAACGUUACUCCAUCUUUUACUAAACUACAAGUUUUUGGCCGUUUUUUAUGCCAUUUAACUACACAAACCGGCAUUUUUAGGGAGCUCCUUACACGACGAAAACGAUUACAACAAUGAAACAUCGAUUCUGUAGCAACAGCUUUUAUAAACGCAUUAGAUCAUAGAUUUUUGAUCUUUGCCAGAGGGGUAACAGUUAGCGAACCACGUCCAGUUAUUAAUGGUCUAAGAUUAUAAAGUAUGUAAUGUAUUCUUUUAACAAAUCGCACUUUUUUGUUGUCAAUUAAAACAAUGUGUUACGUUUAGGUCAAACAAUUAUAUUCCUCUAUUUUUAUAUAACUGUAUUAAAGUCCGUUCAAGUAUUACGUAAGCACUAUAUUUAUAUACAUUAAAUAUUAGGGUGUCCCUUAUUUUUCAAAGUUUUAAAUUUGUAACGCAUAGGUCCUAGUUUUGUUAAUUUGCCUCUAAAACACUCGAAAAUAUUUUUUUACCUUCAUUGAAGAACGAUAACCCGUGCCGACUUGCAUCGAAACAUGUUCAUACGUAGUAGCGGCGCGUACUCGCGGUAUUUGUCAUUUGUUGACAAUUAUUCUCACGAUUAACACGUAUUGUUUUACAUUUAAAAGAUGGCAGUGGAUUUAAGAAGUAACAAAAAAUGUAUUUUCUUAGUAACGCGAAUUAUCAAAUAACAGUCGCAAAGUUACCGUCAAAUCGUCAAGUUCUAGCAGUACUUUUGUUUAACAAUCGCGAAGUGAAAUUGUCUGUUAGUGAAAGCGCUAAUCUCGUCAUUCGAGAGUGUAUUGUAUAUUGAAAAAAAGCUAGAAUCCCUACCAGAGCUAUACCUAACUAGGUAAAAAAACUUGUUGAUCUUCACCAUGCUUGGUUUGCUUUGAUUAUUUGACAUAACGCACGCUGAUGCUUUAGAACGGAUUAAAAUUGAAGAAGACAAAAUAUUUUUACAAAAUCAAUGAGAACCAGGGCGUCCAGGAUGUUUAGCGGGUGUAGACAAAGAGUUGGCCGAAAAAGAAGAAAGGGCAAGACAAAGCAAAUUAAAUGAAGAUAAAAAAAGAUGUGAGCAAAUGUAUUAUGGAGGUUUAUCGUCAUCAGUUAGAACGCAACAUGUUAUCCAAGCGGAGAGACAUCAAAAACAACUCUAAUGAAAGUUUUGAGGACCACUUGGCAUCCACCUCUCAAACGGUAAGUUCAGAAAGUACUACAAAAAGAGGAAGGAAAGACUUCAUCACGCCUAAGAUAGUUGCAGCUUUAGAUAGACGUCAAUUAAGCAUAAGAGAUUCUGUCUAUAAACUUGAGGCUGUGGUAGAAGCACUAGAUCUUGGCUGUGAUGAUUACCCGACAAACAUGUCGUCUAUUUAACGUAUUCGCACACAGGGUCGAAAGGAUAGAGCGGAAUCUAUUAAAUCCGAUUUUCAGAAUAAUAUGCUUGGAAUGGUAACCGUUCACUGGGAUGGGAUAUUAUUACCUGGACUUGAUGUAAGAAGUUCUAAAGAAACGCCUGCCAAUUUUAAUUUCAUUUGGAGAAAUUUAUAAAUUGUUAAUACUGUCUUAUUUAUUGUUGCAGGAAAAUCAUUAAAGUGAAUUUGUGUCUGUCAAGAGCACAAAUUUAUUUAGUUGGUUAAAAAUUGAUGGGCCGUUCCUUCAGACACCCAUUUCUAUAUGGGAUGACGUGGGGGAUGGAGUGUUACCUAUACAGAAGCAAAAAGGAAAGUGCCUUCUUUAAGGGCUGUUAAUGAUACGGCUAUAAGGAGCUGUAAAACUUAUGCAAAAUCUUAGUGGUUGUUGGCAAAGGAAGAGCAAAAUCAAUUUUUGCUUCGUUGUGUUUAGGAGCAUAGAACUCUGUACCCGGACUGUAAAAUGAGACAUAUCCUAAAAAAACUAUCCUGCCUUAUCUGUAAUUUUAUCUUUUAAUAAAUAUUUUAUAGAAAAUUGAGUAUUUCAAUUUAUUCAGUUAUAUAACGGAAAGGGUCAAAAACCGCAAUUUUUUAAAUCUUCCGGGCCCUGUCGGCACGGGUUAACGUUGACGUAGGAAGAUCAAAUUUUGUAUUUAAGUUAGUCUAGGUAGUCUAAAAAGAAAUAGGGGGUAUGCGUUUUAAUAUCUAAAAAAAAUUUUUUUUUGCCCAUAUAAGGGACACCCUAUUAAAUAUGCCCAGAGAAACAUCGUUUGUCUGCUGCUUACUGCUGCGUACUUUAUGAUGACAUUGGGAUGGGGGGGUCUAGAUGGUGAUUACGUCAGCAGAAGUUUUUUACACAUCCAUACGUUGCCUAUGUUUAAAAACGAAUAUUCUUUUCCCAAAAAUUCCCAAUUUCCCAAAAAUAAUAUUAGGUUGGGGAAAAGUAAAACCAUCCUUUUUACGUGAAAUUGAAGGCUUCACUUAACGUUGAUUGAUUUAGAUCAAAUAUACACCAGUUUUCCAACUGAAGAAAUAAAGAAUUGUGUAUAUUUUUAAGAGCUUUGCUUACUUUUGCUAAGAAGGAGGUAUGAGCGGUAAAUAAUUGUAAUAAAUCUGCUUACGUAAUACUUGAACCGCCCCUUAGUAUAUGCCUAUCUCAAAAUAUAUAUCAUAUAAAUAUGUGUUUUUGUGUUAUUUAUACCUAAAAUUACGCAGAAUGUUAAAUAUCAGUGCGACGCCAGGUCUUGCAAUUUCUAAGACGUGUUUUGAAUGUAUAACACAAUAUGUUAUAAAACGGUUAUAUAUUUAACAUGGUUUAUUAGUGUGAACAUUUAAAGAUGUACAGUCGUGUUUUAUGUUGCAAUGUUAUAUAGUGUGGAUGUGUAUAACAUGUAGCAUACGUUAGGUAUAGAACAUGUUACAUAAUAUGGACUGACAUUUUUAAGGCACUACAAAAACAGAAUAGAUAGGUGAAAAUAAUUUACAUACACAUGUAGUAUAAAAUAUUAAAAUUAUCCUAAUACAAUAGUUACAAUAAGUUGACUGCCUGUAUCAACUUCAAUAAAAUUUUUAAUAUGA